AGCUGCUACCUGUAUCUGCCAUUUACCAAAAGAGCCGACCAAAAUUAAUAGGAAGCAAAUGUGGACUUUCAGGUGCGCGGCAGAAACAAAACAAUCCUCCAAACUUCAAUAUUCUUAAUUAAAAUAGUUUAACGCGCUUUAGAAACGCCUCGCCAUGUACAAUUCGGCCAAAUUUAUUUAGUGUGUAAACUGGAAAACGCCAACGAAAAAAAGAAUAUAAAAUUAUAAAAAUCGCCUAAUACCAUAAUUGGAAACAUUUGUCUUGCCUCGACCACCGUAAAUCGUAUAUCCGCUAGAUAACUUUUCAAAGCAUAAAACAAACAAGCAGCUCAAGUUUAAAACUAACUAGAAGCCCAUCAGCUAGAAGUGGGACGAGUAAUUCACGACUGAGCAACUUUUCCCCAUAACCCGAUACAACCAAAAACCGCAGUGCGCGCGGCAUUUGAAAUGAAAUGAAAUUGUCCUGGCUGAAUCAAGUGUUCGACUUAAUUAGUGCAAGUACUUUGCAAUUGUACGAAGAUAGCGGCCGAUUCUUGCAUCAGUUGGUUGACAAUCAGACGCAAGCUUUGAUUGUAUUACAAGAAACGUGGCGUGCUAACGUGCUGCACUGGGCGACACUCUCGUAUCGACGCUUCAGUUCGACAGCAAUCGAAGCCCUGGAGCAUAUUAUUUACGCUUGUCUGGUGUACUUGCUAGUAUGCCUGGGCAUUUUUCUUACAACGCGCAGCAACAGCCCACUAUGGCGUUGGUGCAAAUUGAUCAACAACGUUCGCUUUCCGCGACAGCACAAAUUAGAACGCGUUUUACUGGUGACCUCACAUCCGGAUGAUGAAUGCAUGUUCUUCGGUCCACUAAUCUAUACGUUGACACAUCGCUCCAGCUGCCAGGUGUACGUGUUGUGCCUGUCGAAUGGCAACUAUGAGAAACAAGCACAAUUACGUCGAGAGGAAUUAUGGCGUUCGUGUGAAAUGUUGGGCGUUCCAGCGGCCAAUAUCAUAAUGGUGAAUGCGACAAACCUGCCAGAUGAUCCGAAUGUGGAAUGGAAGGCACCGGUGGUAGCGAACAUAAUACUACACACCGUCGAAAGUCUUGACAUUCAAGCGGUCUGUACAUUCGAUCGAGACGGUGUGAGUCAGCAUCCAAAUCACAGCGCUGUAUAUUUCGCAGCGGCAUCGCUGUGCUUAACUAAUUUAUUACCAAAAGAAUGUAAAUUUUAUACACUGGACUCCAUAAAUAUAUUAAGAAAAUAUAUAUCAAUUUUCGAUUUGCUUUGUACUUGCUGCAUUUCGACCUACUGGUGCAUACUGGGCUGGGAUGAGGCGGCGCAAAUACGCCGCGCCAUGCGUGAGCAUAAGUCCCAAAUGAAAUGGUUCCGCUGGUUAUAUAUUUACUUUUCACGUUAUAUGUUCAUAAAUUCGUUGCGUGAGGUAAAUCUUUCGGACAUCGAAUUGGAAAUGCAAAUAGAUGAUAAUACAUUUUGAUUUGCAUAAAAGUCCAAUAGCUUUAAACAAUGCCGCCGCCGCAUCAGCCAGCUAGCCAAUGCAAAAACUAUAAAAACAAAACAAUAACAGCAAAAACAACAAGUCAAUAAAUUCAAUUGCAACUAAAAAUAAAAUCAGAAAAACCAGACGGACGACGACGUGAGAAAUACUAGGUAUGUGUGUGUAGCAGCAAACACCGAAAAAGCACCAAUAAUACAAAAUACAACAGACAACAAACAGAGCUACUGCAACUAACAAGAGCAGCAAUAAAAAGAGGAAAACCCAAAUCAAAAAAGUCAUCAAAGAGUAUCACGCUGAGUUGCCUAUGCCGGUUGAAAGCAAACACCCAACCUACAAUAAAAUUAUGUUAACAAAAACAAUAAAUAAGUGCAAUAGUUAACCGGUGCGAGAACGCAGGCAACGCCAUACACAACUGUGACGAUAAUGAGGUUUGGAGGUUGCGGCAGCGGUGAUGGCGGCGUUGUGCAUACCAAGAAUAUUGAGUGGUUGGCGCCGAACAAAUAAAUAAAAAACACACACAACCAAACAGUUAGGAUGACGACGAAGGGAACGUGAUGCCAUUUGAAGCGGUGUAAAAGCGUCUUGCCAAUACCAAGAACAACCGCAACAACAACAACAAGUGAACCUCUACAUACUACUCGUAUAAUGCAAACAAUUUUAAAUGUUUAAUAUAUGCGGGAAUAUUUUAAGUAGUGUGGGUACAUAAAGAAAAAAAAAAGAUGAAGAAAAAACACAUAUCCGAACCCAUUUUCAUUGAAUAUUUCCUACUUAAGUUGCUUUACCUUUGUUAUAUACAUAUAUAUAUAGUUUACGCACGUUUAGAAAAAUAUAUUGUAUUACGAAAUGGACAAUUUAUGGUGAUUAUGAUUAUGAUAUGCUAAUGUUGACUUUAAGUGUAGUGCGAAUAAUGCGAAAUGGACUGUCGGGCGAAGUAGUUAGUAGAUACAUGGUUUGUUUAUUACAAUUCACGAAACAAUUCAGUCAAGACACACAGUUCAUUAAGGUCUUUAUACGUUUACAAUCACAAAACAUAUUAUAUACACAUAGUGUACACAAGUUGUGUAUAUAUUUGAAUAGAUUUGUACCUAUACAUACCUACACUUAUGUAAAUUUAUGUAAUAUUUUGUAGUCUAAGGCAGUUAAUAGAUUUUUUAAUUUUUUCAUUUUUCUUUCGUUGGUUGUAUGAAUUAUUGCGUCUAAAGCUAAACUAAGUUCGUGGAGUAAUUUUGAUUUAUUUAUAUGUAUAUACAUAACGUAAUACAUAGUACACAUAGUUGUAACAACAGCGAAGCAUAUACAUACCAUAAAAAUAUAUAAAUAUUAUACCUAUUAUAUAUUGUGUAUAUUCACUAAUUAUAUUUCUUAAAGUUUGUUUAAAAGAAUUUUGUUAAUUUGGUUACUGUUGCAAUAUAUCGUACAAUACAAGUACAGCAAGACUAUACACACAGCGAAGCAAUAUAGUUUUAUAGCAUUGAACAAAGCUUUUUUUAAAUGCAUAAACGUUAAUAAAAAAUAAAUAAAAAUAUCUAUCUACAUACUUUAAUUUGAGAUUUGUUUGUGCCGAACAAAAUCUUAGCAUAAAAAAUUAUUGCAAAA